AUGAGCAUCGAUUCUCUCCCUCUGGAGACACUGAUCGAUAUUUUUCACGAGUGUAUUCUCAACAUCUCUACCCGAGAGGAAAGUAUUAGCGUACCGGUUGGAAUUUCAGCUGUUUGUCUAUGGACGUACCUGGACUACUGCGUUGAUGGAAGGCCACAAAAAUGGAUCGUUGAGAUCUUUGACGCAUGGCUGCACAGGUCAAACGGGGCACCACUUAACUUCUCGUUCAAAUGUCACUUCGAGGAUAAUCGAUCUCCAGAAGACAACCGAGCAGUGGGAUGCGUCGUCUCAUUGUUACUUUCUCAUCAGUGGCAUUGGGGAAAACUUGACUUUGACUGGAAAUUCUGGACGUCUCACGACUUUCCUGGCAUAGAGUUGACAAAUAUGCUAAUGUUAACCUCACUUCGCUUGCACACCCUACUCGAAGAACACUAUGAGACUGGAAGUAUUGAUUUGACACAGUCUUUGAAACUUGGCCAUUUACGUCUUGAAAUAUCUAAAAUUUCUCAAGGUGGUCCCGAAUUUGGAGGAAUUCCGGGCUGUUGGUGGAAGUCUGAUGAUGGAUAUUGUCCUGAUGUGAUCAUGCAUAACCUCUGGUUUCUUUCAUUGCAUGGCUUCGAUGGAAGGCUGGUAAUUGACGAACUGCUCCUUCCUGCCUUGGGAGGACUUCGAUACCAGGAUAACGGACUUGGAAACGGAGCUGGGAGUCUCUUGAAAUUUGUCCAACGCUCCUUACCACCACUGAAACAUCUGCAGAUGGGCGGUAAUUGUGCAGACGGAGCUACACUUAUACGUAUUCUCCCUCUUCUUCCCUUGCUUCAGGUGCUCGAAUUGUACCUUUGUGAUAUUUCGGCGCAGCUCUUCGAGCUCCUGUCCAUUCCAAACGGUGUCGGAGCAGGUCCAUACGCUUGUGAUACAAGCAAUCCGAUCGUAUGUCCCGAUCUAAGAUUCUUCCGUUUCCUCCAGUGUACAGUUGUUGGGGAUUCGCAUGACUGUGCUAAUGCACUGUGCACCAUGCUAGAGUCACGGCGGAAUACUUUGAAGCUAUGGAAAAGUAUGGUAGGCAUUGAUGGUCCUCAAUACCCAGACUUUGCAAUUAAUCGCGAUACGGUGGAGCGUCAACUCAAAGAUAUAAAAGGAAGUGAUUUUAUUAUCAAAUGCAUUGGUGACGCCUAUCAUGAUUUGUCUGUGCUUGAGACGUAG